CUAAUAUAUGGCCGCACGAAAUGCUACGCACCGGAUGGAUCAGAGGUGUCUGAGACCACUUACGUCCCUUGUAUUGCCGUUGAUAGGGUGCACUCAAUGUGCUGCAAGAUGAAUCAUACCGAUCCGGACACGUGCGGCCCAAACGAAUUGUGCUUUUCGACGAAGGACUUAUACUGGAGGGAGUUCUGCGCAGACGAAACAUGGGAAAGUCCAAACUGCCUACCAAAGACGACCUGUGUUGAUGUACGCAGGAGGGCGUUCCAAUUGGACGGCCGUGAUGACUCGCUGUCCAGGCGGAUAUCUGGCUCCUCAUACUGCUGCCGCAGAACCACCGACUGUUGCGGAAACGCCGAUGAGCUGAUCCUCGCACCGACAUUAGUGUCGAUCGGUACCUCAAACGCGACGACAAUCGAAGCAGUGACCAGCGAGUUCAAGAACAGUGAUAGUGGGUCUUCAAAGGUUACAAUCGGAGUCGGCGUUGGCGUUCCACGCGGUAAACUCGCGAUUUCGGUGCUCGGCUUUGGAUUCUAUUGGGGAAAGAGGGAAAUGUGGGCUGAGAAUGAGGCAUUACGGAAGCAGUAUGAGGAAAAGACAAGGAAAAUGCGUUCUUCGCAAAUGGCGGAGCUUGAUCCGGUAUUGUCGAAACCGAUACAAGAGGUUGAUGAUGGAGUUGCCAUACCCGCUGAGCUGCCUGACGACGGUGAAGCGAAUAUUACCCGGAGUUAG